CCGGUUCCCGGGCGCGCGGCUCCUCCCUCUCGGCUGCGGAGUCGUGCUCGCGGCGGCGUGCAGGCGAGGCUUCGCCCGCGUGUCCCGCACUGGGUCUCAGUGCUGGUGUCGCUGCCGCCGGCGCUCUGUUGCCCCACGCGCCGCGGUCGACGGCCACGCGCUCGGCGGUGUCGUCGGCGCCGACGAUGGCUGCGCAAACGCCGGGUGGCGUGGCACCGCUGCCUCCACGCUACCGCUUCAGGGACCUCAUCCUGGGCGACUUCGCCUACGGCGACGACGGCACAAGGGUUCGGGUAGAAUUCUAUGUGAACGAGAACACGCUGAAGGAGCGGCUUCACCUCUACUUUAUCAAGAACCAGCGGUCCAGCCUCCGAAUCCGGGUGAUCCGGCUCGUGGUGAAAAUCGUGGCCUGCCUUCUCUACGUGGGCCGAGUGGCGUUGGACAGAGGGCCCCGGUACGCCACUUGCUACCAGUGUCCCCUGCGCGUCGAGAACACCUCGCGCUACACGGACGAAGCCGUGCGGAACGGCGCCAUCAACUGGGAUGCCAUAUUUUGGGUGGAGCGUCCCUUCGUGCUUUGGUGCAUUCAGACUAUAUUGGCCAUCAUAAGUUUCUCCGAGGCCUGUCUGGUUGUAUAUCUCACCUACAAGGGAAAUAUUUGGAGACAACUCCUGUCUUUCCGCUUCCUUCUGGAGAUUGUCAACAAUGUACCAUUUAUAGUCACUAUAUUUUAUGCACCUUUACGGAAUGUAUUUAUACCAGUGUUUCUUAACUGUUGGCUUGCGAAGUUUGUACUCGAAAACAUGUUUAACGAUUUACAUCGAGCCCUUCAGAAGUCCCAGUCCGCACUCUCACAGCGGCUGCUCAUCCUCACCGCCACCUUACUCUGCCUCAUAUUCACUAGCGUGUGCGGGUUCCAGCACUUUCAAAGGGCCGGCGUGGAGCACGUGGACCUGUUCGAGAGCUUCUACUUCGUGGUGGUGACGCUUUCCACGGUGGGCUACGGCGACUUCAAGCCAGACGUUUGGCCGUCGCAGCUUUUCAUGGUGGCGAUGAUCUGCGCGGCGCUCAUAGUGCUGCCGACGCAGUUCGAACAGCUCGCCUACACCUGGAUGGAGCGUCAGAAGCUGGGCGGCACCUACAGCAUGCAUCGCGCCCAGAGCGAGCGCCACGUGGUAGUCUGCUCCACCACGCUGCGCGCCGACACCGUCAUGGACUUCCUCAACGAGUUCUACGCGCACCCGCUCCUACAGGACUAUUACGUCGUACUUCUGUCGCCGUGCGAAGUGGACGCUACGAUGAAGAUGAUUCUUCAAAUACCGAUGUGGGCGCAGAGGGUCAUCUACAUUCAGGGUUCUGCGCUCAAGGACACCGACCUCACUAGAGCCAGAAUGAAUGCAGCCGAGGCGUGCUUCAUGCUGGCAGCCCGAAAUUACGCCGACCUCGCAGCCGCCGACCAGCACACCAUCUUGCGGUCGUGGGCAGUACGCGACUUCGCACCAAAUGUUCCGCAGUACAUUCAAAUAUUCCGUCCAGAGAAUAAAGUGCACGUGGCCUUCGCGGAACAUGUGGUUUGCGAGGACGAGUUCAAGUACGCCCUGCUGGCCAACAACUGCCUCUGCCCCGGUGCCUCCACCCUAGUAACGCUCCUGCUGCACACAUCGCGCGGGCAGGAGGGCCAGACGUCGGCCGAAGAGUGGCACCGGCUGUACGGCAAGUGCUCGGGCAACGAGAUCUACCACAUCCGGCUGGCCGACAGCCGCUUCUUUGGCGAGUACGAGGGCAAGAGCUUCACCUACGCAUCUUUCCACUCGCACAGAAAGUACGGUGUGGCGCUGGUGGGCGUGCAGACGGACGUGCACGGCCAGUGGCCCGUGCUGCUGAACCCGGGACCGGCCUACAUCAUGAAGGGGUCGGACAUCUGCUUCUACAUGAACAUCACCAAGGAGGAGAACAGCGCCUUCCUUCCUGCCGCCGGCGACGACGCCAAGCCUCAGGACGCCGCUGACAAGGCCGCCGCCGAUGCCAAGGCUAGGACAGAAAGCGGCAAAUCGCGGUUCGACUUCCGGAGCCGCAAGCAGCACCUGGAGGUUCCGAAGCCCGAGGAGGCACGCGGUCGGCGACCCAGCAUCGCACCCGUGCCCGACCUCGGCCAGAGCGAAGAGGGCACGCAGCUCGACAGCGAGGACGAUGCUCUGGGCAUCGAGGAGGAGAAGUACCUGGAGAACUCCUGGAACACGCCCGCCGAGGAGUCCGAGAUUGUAAAAGGCUUCCCUCCAGUGACUCCGUACAUUGGCGUCAGUCCCAAGCUUUGCUACUUACUUAGAGACAAAAAGCCGCUAUGCUGCAUGCAGCUCGCUCAGAAAUGCGAACACUGCGAGUUCCACAACGCGAAGCAGUAUAACUGGCAAAACCGAUGCGUUAUCCUGGCGGCCGACUUCGCCAGCAAAGGCAUCUACAACUUUAUCGUGCCUCUUCGGGCACACUUCCACAGCCCCAACAGCCUCAGACCCAUCGUGCUACUCCUGGAGAAGAAACCUCACGCGGCGUUCCUAGAUGCAAUUUCAUGUUUCCCAUUGGUCUACUGGAUGCAGGGUUCUAUAGACGACCUGGACGACCUGCUUCGGGCAGGCAUCAACCUAGCUGACAGCGUGGUAGUAGUGAACAAGGAGACGUCCAAUUCAGCCGAAGAAGACUACCUGGCGGACUGCAACACCAUCGUCGCAGUGCAAACGAUGUUCAAAUUCUUCCCGAGCGUGCGCAUCGUCACCGAGCUGAGUCAGAGCAGCAACAUGCGCUUCAUGCAGUUUCGGGCGUUCGACACCUACGCGCUCCACCUUUCCAAGAUGGAGAAGCGAGAGAGGGAUCGUGGCUCACACAUUUCUUACAUGUUUCGGCUUCCCUUUGCCGCCGGCAAUGUGUUCAGCGCGAGCAUGCUGGAUACCCUCUUGUAUCAGGCCUUUGUCAAAGACUAUGUGAUAACAUUUGUGCGUUUGCUCCUGGGCGUUGACCAAGCACCGGGAUCAGGAUUUUUGUCUUCGAUGCGAAUUACUAAGGACGACUUGUGGAUCAGGACAUACGGACGUCUAUACCAAAAACUUUGCUCAACCACAUGUGAAAUUCCCAUCGGCAUCUACAGGACACAAAGCACGACCAACCCCGAGGGAUCGACUGUCUCUCUGGACCUCCUAGACGACAAGGCCACGUUCAACGAGAACAUCGAGCGCCAGGAGAUCAGCACUUUGGUGCGCACGCGUAUGCAGGAUCUGGGCCUGCCCGUUCAAGAUUAUGAUGAGGUCUCGGACAAGCGGCACAGUUUGUCGUAUGUGAUCAUCAACCCAAACUGUGACCUACCACUCGAAGAAGGUGACAUCAUCUUUCUCAUCCGCCCGAGCCCCAUCUCGGGCAAGCGCAUCUUCCUCAAGCACGGCUCAGUGCGCAUCAAGACGCCGAGGCCCAGCCGCCGGGAGAACCCGUCGACGCGCGGCCGCUCCAAGCCCUCGUUCCGGCUUAACUUCAGCGCGCACAAGUCGGACUCGCUGCCUGUCCAGGAGAACGGUGGCCUCAGCCCACCAAAACCAUCGCAGGAGACCGCAAUCGAGCAGUCGGAAUGCAGUGUCCACGUGACGGCCGCGACUCCUUCGUCGACGGGCCAAGGGACGAUCGUAUGACGCCAGCUGAGGUUCCCUCUGGCAUGGAGGGCACGCCACUGGGUCAACUGAAGAGCUUCACCCCCGCGUCGCAGGACGACGACGCGCGUCCACCUGCCGCGCGCGCCGCAGCUGAACGUCAAGCUGCAGGCGGGCUCGCAGAGCAACCGCGUCGCAAGUCCGACGAACGCCGCCUCCGUCAAGGCGCGACACGCCGCGUGCCUGCCGCGGUCUAGCGCGCUAGCGUCGCGCUCUGCGCAUGGCCAUAACCAGUCGAGCGCAAACCCCUCAUUCCAUGAAAUGCGCGAGCGAAAAGCAACGCAUGCGCCCCAAGGCGUCGAUGAUGUGUUCUUCAAAAAGCUUUUGAGCUUUUCCAAGCGCUCCGCAGUUCCUUCGCUUGUGCUGUUCUUCCUGAGCCUGACAGCAGGGACAGUACCAGCGUGGCACUGGAAACGCGCUUGACAGCCGAACUCAAAACCGAUUGCCGGGCACUUUUGUCUCGUACGCGUAUACGUUUUCAGUAGUCUUCAAUUUGUUUUGCCGCCCGCGAGAGGCGCGUUUACUGACGCACCGCGCGCGCGUGUUGACCAGAGUGCCAUAUCCUAGCGCCAGCAUUAUAGUGCAGCCUGCCGGCAACGUUGUUUCAAGACGAGUGAGCUUUGGUGAGAACAUUUUCGAUGCCAGAGGAGAUUCUGCCUUCUUGGCACCAUGGGAUUCAUAAAGCUCCCGUCCCACUGCCCGACUCUACUGUGGUUCAGCGCUGCAGUGUCUAGGGCGAGUUCGCAGCUUCUCUGCCCACUAGCGAAAAAAAUUUGUGGCAUGACAUCGGGUUCAAACAGCAGUCAUUUCUUGAGGCAAGGCGAGAUAGGUGAUCCAUUUAAAUAAACGCGCAUAAGACCACGCUGUAAACAUGCACUUUGUGCACUUCCGCCACCUGUGACGUUGUCGACUGUGAUUGGUCGCCGCUUCAGCAAUUGUAAUUUGAAUGCUGUAUGGAACACCUUAAUCAAAAAUGAACUACUUGCUUCAAAAGCGCUUCCCUGUCAGAGAAGUCGCUACGUCAUGUCACUGAGACUUCUGUUUAGCUAUUGGGUCAGCGUCAAGGCUUACGUGAAAUCUCGUGGCUUUAAUCGAAAUGAGCGUCGGACUGACAAUACUCGUUAUUAACGGCAAAAUGCCGAGUGAAGAUUGUUUCACAAUCUCCAGAAAUUGUUUCAACAGACACUACAUUAUAUAGAAGAAUAUAUAUUGUUCUGGUGCUUUAUGGUCAUACCUGGCCCUUGCAACAUAAGGGUUCAUGCACAAUUGUCAUACACAUAUGUGUAUUGGAGCAAUGCGACAUUUUGUUUUCUUCUGUGUGCGUCUGUACAUGGUUUGUUUGAUUGCUUUAAGCUUGAACAG